GUUAUUCAUCGUUUAUUAUGGCUAGCGAAGAAACCAAGGAAGGAACAAGGAUAUUUACGUCUGCCUCUUAUACGACUUAUUUUGGUGGAGUGAAAAAGUUGUUAACAGAAUAUUUUACAACUCUUGUUAUUCCUCAAGAUCUUCAAGAACAACAUGGAAAGGUUGCGAUAGUUACUGGUGCAAAUAAAGGAAUUGGUUAUGAAACUGCUAAAGGUUUAUGUGAACUAGGUGCUCAUGUUAUCUUUGCUUGCAGAUCAAGUGUUUCAGCAAAUUUAGCAAUGGAAAAGAUUAAGAAAGAAAUUCCAGAAGCUAAAGUUGAUUUUUUAAAAUUGGAUCUUGCAAGAUUAUCGUCAGUCAAAGAUUUUGUUUCUCAAUUCAAACAAAGAAAUCUUCCACUUCAUAUUUUAAUCAAUAACGCUGCUGUGAUGAUUACUCCAUUUGAAAAAACAGAAGAUGGAUAUGAAUUACAAUUUGCAACCAACCACAUUGGCCACUUUGCUUUGACAUUAUCAUUAUUAGAUGUUCUUAAUGAUACUGGUUCAUCUGACAAUUAUUCAAGAAUUGUCAAUGUUUCAUCAGACGCACAUCGUUAUGGAACUUUAAGUUUUGACAAUCUUAAUGAUAAGAGCAGUUACUGUCCUUAUGAAGCAUAUCAACAAAGUAAAUUAGCAAACAUACUCUUUACAUAUGAAUUGCAACGAAGAAUAUUGGCUGAAGGCUGUCAUGUGACUGUAAAUGCAUUGCAUCCUGGGAUUAGUAAUACUGAAUUAUUUCAUAAUGUACCACAACUUCUUCUCACAGUUCAGAAGUAUUUGUUUUCGUGGAUGUUUAAGAGUCCUGCAGAAUGUGCUUAUACUUCACUGUUUGUGGCAACAUCGUCUACUCUAGAAGGCUCUGGUGGACAUUACUAUGACAACUGUCAAGAAGUUCAAUCCAGUGAAGAAUCAUAUGAUCAAGAUAUUCAGCAUCGUCUUUGGGAAAUUAGCUGCACUAUGGCUCAAUUAAGCCAUUAAAUAUAUAACAAGCUAUUUUAAUAAAUUAAUAGAGGCUAAUUAUUUGUUGCAUUAAUGCAAAAGGGGGGGGCAUGUUAUUUUGAUAUUGUAAUUGAUAUCGUAGUAAAUAUACUGUUUUAGAUGUUUUAAAUACGUCUCACAGCAUUAAUAAUGGUAGUUUGUAAAUGCAAGUUAUUAGUACACUUUGGCUAACCAGACUAUUUAAACAUUAUGCAUUAUUCAACAAAAAUAUAAUGUAUAUACAAUGAUUAAAAAUUUACUAAAUUUUAAAGUUAAAUUCCAUAAUGAGCUCACUUACAUAAUGUAAGAAAUUAUGAAUAUAUGAUCUAUAUAGUUAGAAUUAUGAAUAUUUCUUGUAAAUAUAACAUAUGGAUACUGCAUCUGUUCUUUUUAUAAAUAUUAAAUAUGUUGGUCAU